ACGGUCUGCGGCGCUGAGCUGAGCGGUGCUGGGAGAAAACAGUGCAUUUAAAACCGCCCAGGGAAGACACCGCAUUUACGAGCGGAGUUUUAUUUUUUUGCUGCCUCCCUCCUCCUCGGCCCUGUUUCAGUCUGUCCGGUCCAGAAUGAGUCGGUCGAGAGGAAUGCAGCACCGGCUUACCUGAGCAAGUGGACACCUUUUCUUUGAAAGCCGUUUCCAGACACUUAUUCAGCUCUGUCUUUUUCCCCCUUUUGAAAUUUAAUUUUAAUUGGAUGUCUUGUUGUGUUACUGCUGCUGCUUGUGUGUCUGCCUGAGUGUUUUCCUUUGCAAAGAAAAACGAGGUUAUGUAGGUAGGGAUUUCUCUCGGAUCCAUCUCCGCCCUGUUGUUUUCAUGUUGUAAUUGGAUUUUCUAUCAUUUACAACAGCAAAAGGAGCACCAGAACAACAGGUUUUCUCCCUCCAUCAUCAUCAUCUCGUUCCUCUUUCCUCCUGCUGUCCCAAUCGUUUAUUCUUUUGCCGGGUGGUGGUGGUGGCGGUGCAGAAGAUGGGAUUACCUGCCCUGGAAUUCAGUGACUGCUACCUGGACAGUCCGCAGUUCAGGGAGAGACUCAAGUCUCACGAACUAGAGCUGGACAAAACCAACAAGUUCAUCAAAGAGCUGAUUAAAGACAGCAAGGCUCUGAUCCAGGCUUUGAAAAGUCUGUCGACAGCGAAGAGGAAGUUUGCUGACUCUCUCAAUGACUUUAAAUUCCAGUGCAUUGGAGAUGCUGAGACGGAUGAUGAGAUAUGCAUAGCCAAGUCACUUCAGGAGUUUGCAGCGGUUUUACAGAACCUGGAGGAUGAACGGACAAGAAUGAUCGAGAAUGCCAAUGAUGUGUUAAUUUUGCCGCUGGAGCGGUUCAGGAAAGAGCAAAUCAGUGCAGCCAAGGACGCCAAGAAAAAAUAUGACAAAGAGACGGAGAAGUAUUGUGCAGUACUGGAAAAGCACCUCAGCCUCUCAGCAAAGAAGAAAGAGGCACAUCUACUUGAGGCGGACAACCAGGUAGAUAACGUGAGGCAGCAUUUCUACGAGGUUUCUUUGGAAUACGUCUUCAAAGUGCAGGAAGUCCAAGAGAGGAAGAUGUUUGACUUUGUGGAGCCUCUGUUGGCAUUUCUUCAAGGCCUUUUCACCUACUAUCACCAUGGCUACGAGUUGGCAAAGGACUUUAAUCACUUCAAGACCGACCUCACCAUCAGCAUACAGAAUACGAGGAACCGUUUUGAGAGCACGCGAUCGGAGGUUGAGAGUUUGAUGAGGAAGAUGAAGGAGAAUCCACAUGAACACAAGAGUGUCAGCCAGCACACGAUGGAGGGCUACCUGUAUGUGCAGGAAAAGCGCUCAUUUGUAUCCACUUGGGUGAAGUACUACUGUACAUACUACCGUGAGCCCAAGAAAGUCACCAUGGUCCUGUUUGACCCGAAGUCUGGAGGUAAAACGGGAGAGGAGGAGAGCUUUAUUCUCAAGUCGUGCACCAGAAGGAAGACGGACUCGAUAGAAAAGCGGUUCUGUUUCGAUGUGGAGGCUGUGGACAGGCCGGGAGUGAUCACCAUGCAGGCUCUGUCGGAAGAAGACCGUAGAUUGUGGAUGGAGGCCAUGGAUGGGAGAGAACCAGUGUACAACCUCAAUAAAGAUAACCAGAGUGAAGGCAUGGCCCAGCUGGAUGUCAUUGGGUUCAACGUGAUGAAAAAAUUCAUCUAUGCGGUGGAAACGCGAGGUAUCGAUGAACAGGGCUUGUACAGAAUCGCUGGUGUCAACUCCAAAAUACAAAAACUACUGAGCUUAGCUAUGGAUCCAAAGACGUGCGCUGACGUAGAGCUGGAAAGCCCAGAGUGGGAGAUUAAGACAAUAACGAGUGCUAUCAAACACUAUCUCAGAAUGCUACCUGCACCUCUCAUGACAUACCAGUACCAGAGGAGCUUUAUAAAAGCUGCCAAGAUGGACAAUCCAGAGGCUAGAGUAACAGAGGUCCACGCGCUAGUGCACCGGCUACCAGAGAAGAACAGACAGAUGCUGGAGCUGCUGGUGAAGCACCUGGCCAAUGUGGCCAGUCACCAUCAACAAAACCUCAUGACCAUUGCCAAUCUGGGUGUAGUCUUUGGACCAACUCUGCUCCGCCCACAGGAAGAGACUGUUGCAGCCAUCAUGGACAUUAAAUUCCAGAACAUUGUUGUGGAGAUCCUCAUAGAGCACCAUGAGAGGAUAUUCAGGGACAUGCCGAAUUCUUCUUUGUCCAACACGCAGCUGAACACGCCCAGGAGGAGGAGCACAGACAGCAAAACUCCUUCCUGCAGCGAAAGGCCACUCACGCUUUUCCACACCCCAACACAUUCCCACAAGGGUGAGAAAAGGAACAGUGUUGGCAACGCCACAGCUGCUGACCUGCAACACUCGGUGUCCUCGUCUGCCAACUGUAACAGCAGCAGCAGCAGUAGCAGCAGCAGCAGCCAAGGUCGAACCCCGAGACACAGCCUGACAAGCAAUGAUGGCGAGCAGGACAGCCGGCAGAACCGGCCCACAUCACUGCUGAACCCAAAGCCUCGCGCCAGCAUACCAGCAAGUGCAACGUCUUCCAGUCCCACUUCACCACGUUCGCCCUCCUGGCCGAUGUUCUCAGCCCCUUCCAGUCCGCAGCCAAUAUCUUCUGCCUCCAGUGACUCCUCCCCUGUCAGUUUCACGGGCAGAAAAGCUCGAGCUCUGUAUGCCUGCAAGGCAGAGCAUGACUCUGAGCUGUCCUUCAUUGCUGGGACCAUCUUUGAGAAUGUUCAUGUUUCCAGGGAGCCUGGCUGGUUGGAAGGGACUCUUGAUGGCCGAACAGGACUGAUACCAGAGAACUAUGUUGAGUUUGUAUAGUUUAAUGGCAUACAAAGAACUGGAAGAUUGUGGAUGGGAGUAGACCAAACUGGAUUUUAAUGAACUAUAUUUAACUUCAUAAAACUAAACAGAUUGAGGAUACAGGCUCAAUCACUUCUAUUGUACUGGACGGGACCAAUGCAGAUAAGGUGACUUUUUGUUUUGAUCAGACUGGAAACUGAAACUGGACCAAGCAGAACCAUAUCCAAUAGAUAUGACACAAAAACAAAGCAUACCGAAGUGGGGAGAGAACCCUGAAUUGCACUGGGGAAUGAAAAUAUAUAUAAAAAGACGAGACUGCUUUUAUUUGAUUAGUGUGCGUGGCUUUUAGUCUUGGUGAAGACUAUAUGGGAAUGAACCCAAAUUUGUGUGUGUGUGAGUGAAAGAGAGAGAGAACAGUGGGAGGAAGUUAGACAAAAUCACUUGUAUAAAUGACUUGAUAUUUUUCAGCUGCAAUGUGUGUGAGUUUUUUGCUUUUAUAUUUUAAACUGCACUGUCCCUCACCCCAACCACCUUUUCCACACACUCCUUUUUUUGUUAGGUAUAAAUAGGCAACUCUUUCUGCAGAGAUGUUGACAGGACAUAUUAACUUUGGACUUCACCUAUUGUAGAAUUGAUUAGUAAUGCCAAAUGGGACAGUUAAGCUUUAAAAGUUGACUUAAAUGAUUGAGUUUGGCUGUAUGGCUGUAAAUGUGUGAGCACUUGCUGCAGAAGUGCGGUUAUUGCCUGGGACAAGACUCAACCUGGCUAAUGUUUCAGAGCUCCAGUUAAGCAUCAGGAGCCCCCGGGCAGGUCUGCACAGGAUGAGGUUUCUUUGGAACUAGUUCGCUCAGAGGUCAGCUAUGGGUUUCUCUUUAUUUAUAAUAUUUCCCCUGCAGAGCCCUCGCAUAAAAUGUGAAAAAUUUCAAACAAUCCCCACAAGCCAAUCAGCAAUUUAAAAUGCAGCGAAGGCAGAACAGCUGAUUCCUGUCAGUUAAAACAAGCCCAGCUGUGAGGCAUCACACUGUAUGGAGGCAUGUAUGCACCAUUUCAGUCCAUUCAGGAAGAUUGAAUGAACUUGGGAAAAUGUGUUUAUUUAUACUAUUUUCUUUUAGUUUUAGCCAUUAUGCAGAUUUAGUUACUUGGUUUUCUUGGACGCUUAAAUCUUGACAGCAUGGCGUGACUGAAAAAUUGAAAUAAUUUUGAAAGUCAAAGUAUCACAGAGUCUUUGUUGUUCCAUGCCCUUUAUACCUCAUCGCUUAACUCUAUAUUUUUAAAAAAAAUGUAAAGUUAAGCAUCCCUCAAGAGUUGAACAUUCAUAAUUUCUUCUUUACGCCUAAUUUUACCAGGGCUUUCCUGUGUAAGACACAAGAUUACAUGAUUAUCUAAUUCAACCAUGGCUGACCUAUUUGAGUUAUUCUUUGAUCAAAAGUUUACAGCCCAGCAUGUAAUUUGUAAAUACAUUCAGUUCAGAUACUUGAAGGGGGAAAAGGUAAUAGAUUUUUCAGAAUUGUUUUUACAUGUGUAUAAAAGCUGGUCUGCUUUGUGGCUCCAAUGAAUGUUGCCAUUUUCUUGCUCAUUCCUUGAACCACUUGCUAAGAAAAGUUUUUCUUUUUUCCCCACUUUAUCCUGUAUCCAGUUUAUAAAUUCAACAGAAAAAUCAAACGGGAGAGUAAAAAAAAGCUUAAAUGUGAAAUAAGACUACUUUAUUCAAAUCUAAAUUGCUUAUUUAUGAGAUUACUUAAAGGCUAAAUCCUGUACGGCAUUCUUUUUGGGGUGUUUUCUUGACUUUGUAAAUAAAUACACAGCAUUUGAUAAGGUAUACUUUUUUAAUUAUGAAAUUUUAUAUUUUGUAUUUUUAGCAUACUAAUUUAAUUCCUUAAUUCCAUCUUUGUUGCCCAGAUUUUUUGUAUCAUUUAAAUCCUGCAGCCUUAAAUAUUCUUUUGGAUGUUUUGGUGAAAGAUGUGCAGAAUUAAAGACAAAUCUUGA